AAUUUUAAUUAAUUAAUUAAUUUGGGUUCAAUUAAUUUCAGGAGAGUGCCAGGUUUGGCUUUCAAGAGCAACAUUCCAUACAUGGAGCUUAAUUUGCAUGACCUUCAAAGGCUGGUUUCUAAUCAAGUCCAGCUCCAAUUCUACCAAGAAGCUGGGAUUAAGACAGUCUUGUUUAUGGGGUGUGCCACAGGAGAGAUUGAACUAGGAAUGUCCAAUGAUCCUCAUGUAGACCUACAAAUGCAGAUGAAAAACUUGUUCCCGGCCGAUUUCUCCCGACCCGCCGGAGAUCCGAACCAGCCGCCUUCGUCUUCAUCGUCAUCACUAAGAUCAUUAUCCGUCGAAAGCCCACCGGAAUAUUCCCCUCUCGUACUAUCCCACAACAUCCCCUCCACUACUUCUUCUUUCCUUCUAGAACCUUCCAACCAAGCCGCCGCCGCCACUAUUACCAUCACCAGCCCGCAUCACGAUCAUCAUCGUCAAAUCCGAAACAUCGUUAAUUUUCCGAGGACAGAAACCGAAGAUGCCGCGAUGACAAAGGCGAUUCUUGCGGUCUUGUCUUCUCCUUCAACCACUUCGUCAACGAAUAAUAAUAAUAAUUCUCAACAGACUUCACAUAACAGUACUAAUUAUCCAAGUACUACUGCAUUUACAAGGUAUCGAACCCCCCCGCCCCCCGUUGCCACGUCAUCAUCGUCGCGUAACAUGUUUAAGAGAUCUGUGUUGUUCUUCAGAAACUUGAAUAUAAGGAGAAGCCAUGAGUUAUUACAAGUACAAGGAAAUAGGCCGAACACGACACAGCUGCACCAUAUGAUAUCGGAAAGACGACGAAGAGAGAAGCUAAACGAAAGCUUUCUCGUCUUAAGAUCGUUACUUCCUCCAGGAACAAAGAGGGAUAAGGCUUCGGUGCUUAGCGGCACGACCGAGUUACUGAGUUCGUUGAAAAGUCAAGUGGAAGAACUCAGACAAAGGAAUCAGAUGCUGGAAUCGAAGAUUUCUUCGAGUACAUUAUCAGAUCAAGUGGUGGUGGGAAAUUCUUCUUCGUCUUCUGCGGUCGAUCAUCAAACUAGGGUUAGUGUUGAGAUUACGCAGGUUCAAUCGCCGUCGACAUCGGAUGCACGACUAUUGGAUUUAAGAGUGAGAGUAAGAGGAGAGAGAAGCAUGUUGGAUUCGGUUAUUCGAAUAAUGGAGUUCUUGAAACAGCAACGGAAUGUUAUAACCGUGUUGUCCAUCGAAUCGAAUACGAGGAUGUUUGAAUCGGUUCCGGUGCAUGGGAUAGUGCUGAGAUUGAAAAUUGAGGGAGAUGAAUUUGACGAGUCUGCUUUCCAAGAAGCUGUAAGAAGAGUUGUUGAUGACCUAGCAGAUUGACACUAUUUUAGACCACCAACCAUCUUCCAACACGUGUCCCCACUCAUGCACUAGUGAUGAUUCACCACUCUUUUUGUAACCUAAUUUUAGCCAUUAGUUUCCACAAUUUUAUUUUUGGCCUUUUAAAAGGUAACAAUAUUGUAAAUCUAGAGUAUCAAGAAUAUUUUUCUUAUAUUAAUAUAUAUAAUUUUUUUUAA